GCUCUGCCUGGCCGCACAGCGCUGCGCUCUCUGCCGUGCAGUUGCCGUGAUCUCUUCACUCAUGCGGACCCAGCUGAAGCUCAUGGACUAGCCGGAGGUGAAGUGCUGGACUGAGUCAGACUGCAGUGGGCUGAGUGAGGCCGGUUGAACAUGGCUGCUAAGGAAGACCUCUACAGCAAAAUCCUCCCUCGGAGGCUCCGGCAGAACCGAGCGGGCUCGAUGAAAUGCAGCUCCAGCCUGGACGUGCUGCUGUCCAUGGGCUUCCCCAAACCAAGGGCACUCAAAGCUCUGGUGUCGACUGGAGGUCGGAGUGUCCAAGCAGCAUGUGACUGGCUGUUUUCACACGUGGACGACCCGUUCUUGGACGACCCGCUGCCAAGAGAGUACGUCCUCUACCUGCGACCCAGCGGGCCCCUUCAGAACCAGCUUUCCCAUUUCUGGCAGCAGAGCCGGAUCACCUGUGGCAAGAACAAAGCCCACAACAUUUUCCCCCAUAUUACUCUCUGCCAGUUCUUCAUGUGUGCAGACCACAAAGUAGAAGCUCUGUGCGAAGCCCUCCAGGCCACCGUACAGCAGUGGCGGGGUCGGUUUCCCAGCCCGCUGCCUUUGGAGCUCUACACAUCUUCUAACUUCAUCGGUCUUUUCGUGGAGGAGCAGGUGGCCGAUAUCCUCAAGCAGUUUGCAGCUGACUUUGCCGCAGAGGCUGUCAGGAAGGCAGAAGUCCACGUGGAGCCUCACAAGAAGCAGCUCCAUGUAACUCUAGCCUACAACUUCCCCAGUGAUCACCUCCCCUCACUGGAGAAACUCGCUAAGGGCAUUGAAGUGAAGCUGGGAUGUGAUUGGCUGGCUGUUCUGUUCUCCCGGGACAUUCGUUUUGCUAACCACGAGACCCUGAGGGUGAUGUACCCCUACGUGCCACAGAACGACGAUGAGCUGGAGCUGGUUCCCGGGGAUUUCGUCUUUAUGUCUCCCGUGGAUCAGAACAGUACCAGCGAGGGCUGGGUGUACGGGACCUCGCUCGCCACCGGGCUGUCCGGCCUGCUGCCUGAGAACUAUGUGAGCCUGGCGGAUGAAUCUGACACCUGGGUGUUUCAUGCCUCCCACUCGUUCUUCAGCUGUGAGGCCAGUGACAAGGGCAGCAAAGACAGAGGCCUGUUCGACGGACUGUUGGACAGCCGCCGUCCCGAUAGCACCAGUCCCGGGGACACGCCGUCCCUUAGUCUCAUCUGUCAUCCAAUGCAGCAGGUCCUGCGGAUCAGCGGGGGUCACUCUCGGCAACCCAAGCGGACUCUUUUCGUGUGCCGCCACGGUGAGAGGAUGGAUGUGGUCUUUGGCAAACACUGGCUCUCCCUCUGCUCAGAUAGUAAAGGUAGAUACGUACGUUCCAACCUGAACAUGCCUCCCAGUCUGCCUCUGUGGGGAGGACAGAGAGACUAUGACAUGGAUGCUCCCAUUACUGUGUUUGGAUCCACCCAGGCCCGGCUUGUGGGUGAAGCCCUGUUAGAGAGCAACACAGCCAUAGACUUUGUGUACUGCUCUCCCGCUCUGCGAUGUGUUCAGACUGCACAGAACAUCCUGAAAGGUUUACAGCAGGACAGCAAGCUGAAGGUGCGAGUGGAACCGGGGCUUUUCGAAUGGACCAAGUGGGUGUCUGGGAGCGCAAUGCCUGCAUGGAUACCUCCCACCGACCUGGCUGCUGCACACUUCAGUGUUGACACAACUUACAGACCUCUGAUCCCAGUCAGCAAGCUCACUGUGUCCGAGUCCUACGAGAACUACAUGAGUCGGAGCUAUCAAGUAACCAAAGACAUCCUGUCAGACUGCAAAAACAGUGGAAACAACGUGCUGAUUGUAGCCCACGCUUCUUCCUUAGAGGCCUGCACGCGCCAGCUGCAGGGCCGCAGCCCACAGAGCGCCAAGGACUUCAUCCAAGUCGUCCGAAAGAUCCCUUACCUGGGCUUUUGCUCCUGUGAGGAGCAGGGGGACACGGGGGUGUGGCAGUUAGUGGACCCUCCCAUCCUCCCCCUCACACAUGGGCCAAACCACAGCUUUGACUGGAGGGAGACGCUCCUGCAAGAAUGACAGCGGCCUGAGCAGACCCUCUUAACCUGAUGAUGUACACACUCGGACUGCAGUGGCACCGCCGCCCCACCCCCGCCCCGCCCCUCCUCCAAAUACUGGAACUUUCAGCCCGUCAGCAGAGAGCCUUGGCUCUCUGCCCCAGGUGACAAAUCCCAGCCAGUGAGUGGUGACAAAGUUUGGCAGCGUGGCUGAGUGUUCGCUCAACAUUGAGCACGCUCAGAUAUCACCCACCCAGUCUCAGGAAACGCAUCAGGAUCAUAAGACGGCUGUUCUCUCGCCGUAUUAAAAAUGACCUUUGAUUGAUUUUAGUGAGAACUCAAAGUUUGAUCUGUUGAGUUGUGAUGUUAGCACACAGUAGCAUUCUGGCUGUAGGUGUAAAUGUUUCUGCUCAAAAUUACAAUCAGUUUUAAACACGCCGAAGUUUUUUGGAGUAUUACAUUUGGACAGGACAAAAGAUUAGUUACAGUAGACUGACCAAAUGCAAGGCAUUAGCACCUCCAUUUACAGUAAGUCCAAAGAUUUCUCUUUGAAUGGGGCAAAGAAAGGCAUCAGAUACUGUUUUAUUCUAACUUUACAAUAAACAACAUCAUUUGUAUGCUUUAAAAACAUGGCUUUAUGUAAACAUAUGUGAAGGAUCCUGAACACUUCUUGUUCUGCAGUGGAGUUUCUCGAAAUUUCAUGAGACUGUGGGCGGUUUGUAACCACGGAGCUCCUGAUCAAAACAACAGCGUAGUAUUAUUGGAGGUUUCAUGGAGUUGGCGUCCCGUGUCCUGCCGCUGCCACGUCACCAGCUGAGGUAGAACGUUUACGCCACAGCUCGUAGUCUUCGUCACACCCUCCCGAUGCCCCCGUACAAUGCAUCCCCCCACUGUCGUCUCCAUAUGUAGCACACUGAGGACCGCAGUGUCUCUGCAGCAACGUCACGACCUGCAAUACCGACAAUCACAAAGUAGCUUCUUAAUUCUGGUCCAGCAGCAGUUUGUGUUGUUUAGACGCUCUCAACGAUCAGAAACGUCUUCCACUUUUAUUUGUAUUUAUUUAUAAGCCUUUAUUGUUACAAGCAAAAAUAAUAAAAACAGGUAUCAUUUCUAACAGCAUGCAACAACUUAUGCUCUGUAUCUCAGGUGUUGACUACAUUUAAGACACACACAGUGUGUGCGUGUGUGUGGUUUGAAAACUGUUCCACUGAUUGACUGUGAUGUUGCCCCUCUCUAAGAUUAAACUGAUGUACCAACAGCAGCUGUAGCAGAAACAACGUAUUCACACAUCUGCUCUUUUAUCCCGCUGAGUUUGGGGGAAUCCUGGCUCAUGCUGCCGACGCAAAAUGAGUUCCCACUGCAAUGUAAUGCUGGCGUCUUCAUGCAUACUAGCAAAGUAGUCUGCAUUGUUCCAAGUGCAGAGCAGCUUCCAUUGCUAACACGAGAGCUUAGGCUGUGUUCACAUAUAGCAUCAUGGUGUUCAUCAAACGCCACAGGAAGAGCUCGACAGUUUGAAAAAAGGCUACUCAGUGCUGAUCAUUUUAAAGGGUCACUGUGUGUGAGGAGAGUUCAGCCUAGACUCAACCAACUUUUAGAAGAACUGCUCCUUUAAGAAGCAGUUUGGCACAGCUGGGAAGUCGUUCCCUGCACUCCAGCUGUACGGGUGCCAUGUCUGCUACAGACAACAGUAGAGCUCCACUCGGUCACAUUACAGAUAAAAGCAGCUGAAACAGUACGGUGGAUAAAGAGAAUUCAAGACUAAUAACAGCAUUUGGUAAUUUAAUAACCUGUUAUAAGCUUGACUUGUUCUAAACUGUUUGUUUCUGUUUUGUAAGCUGUAUCACUUUCAAUCAGAUUUUUAAACCUGGAUAAUCCCUUAUUGACUAGCAUGAAAUGAAAGUAAACCAGGUUCUGUCAAACUGUAAAUUAUGAAGACCUAACAAUGAAUUUUGCUCUCAGAGUAAAGAAAGAAGCUGCAGGAACACAUCUGCAUUGUAAAAACUGUAUGACCAGUCUGCAAUGAAACCUCUCAGUGAGAAGCAUCAGUCAGGAGGACCACAGCAGCGGUGACACGCUCGCGAUGCUCGAGUCAGUCCAUGCAGUGAAAACCUCACUUCAGACCUGCUGAGCACUUGUAGCGUUGCUGAAUUCAGUCACUGUUACUGCACAGUGGUCACAGAUGCAAAUGUGUGGGGUCACUGCUCCCACACGAAUGUGAAAGUUUCUUCCUGUUUAAUAAACGUCCAACAUUCAGGAGCAACAUAAAAAGUCUUAAUCUGUGUGAAAAGUGACGAGGAAGAAGCCAUGGUGUUCCUUUACUCUUUAUUUAUUGUCUGAUUAUAUCACCAGAUGUGUACAGCACUUAAUUUAAAGCAAAAUGUUGGCCUGUAAUUUAAAGUGUGUGUAUGUGUGUGUGUGUGUACGUGUGUGUGUGUGUGUGUGUACGUGUGUGUGUGUGUGUGUGUACGUGUGUGUGUGUGUGUGUGUGUACAUGUGUGUGUGUGUGUACGUGUGUGUGUGUGUGUGUGUACGUGUGUGUGUGUGUGUGUGUACACGUGUGUGUGUGUGUGUGUGUGUGUGUGUGUACACGUGUGUGUGUGUGUGUGUGUGUGUGUGUGUGUGUGUGUGUGUACACGUGUGUGUGUGUGUGUGUGUGUGUGUGUGUGUGUGUGUGUGUACACGUGUGUGUGUGUGUACGUGUGUGUGUGUGUGUGUGUGUGUGUGUGUGUGUGUACAUGUGUGUGUGUGUGUACGUGUGUGUGUGUGUGUGUACGUGUGUGUGUGUGUGUGUGUACACGUGUGUGUGUGUGUGUGUGUGUGUGUGUGUACGUGUGUGUGUGUGUGUGUACGUGUGUGUGUGUGUGUGUGUGUGUGUACACGUGUGUGUGUGUGUGUGUGUGUGUGUGUGUGUGUGUGUGUGUGUGUGUACACGUGUACGGGUUCGUACUAUCCUGGUGGGGACCAAAAUCUGACUUUUACUAUCCUGGUGGGGACUUUCUGCACCGUGGGGACCAAAAUCCAGGUCCCCUCGGGGUUGAAAGCAAUUUUCACACUCAAAAUGCGGUUUUACUGUCAGGGUUACAAUUAGGUUAUGGUUAGGUUUAGGGUAAGGGUUAGGGUUAGGCAUUCAUUUUUAAUGGUUAGGGUUAGGGUAAGGGGCUAGGGAAAGCAUUAUGUCAAUGGGAUGUCCCCACGAGGAUAGCAAACCAGACAUGUGUGUGUGUGUGUGUGUGUGUGUGUGUGUGUGUGUGUGUGUGUGUGUGUGUGUGUGUGUGUGUAGGCUUUUAUCUCCAUUUUCUGUCUCGUGCUGAGGUAUAAAGAGCAGCUGCGCUUUUUAACGGCUGUAAUAUUUUCAUAGUGAUUCACGUGUGAGCAUCAGCCUCCAACUGAACGAUGAUCCUUUGUGUUUUGUUCUGAUGGAAGCUGAAAUAGAAACAUAAUUUUUCUCCAUAACUGAAGUUUUACUACAUGUGUGCAAGUUAUUGUCUGUUUGAUUUGAUGCAGUUACUGUAAAGGAGAAUGAGUCAAAUAAAAAUCAAUACCUAAU